AUCUCUAGGGCGCCGCACCAAUAUGACCACUUAUUUUUAAAGAACAUCGCAACAAGAUGAGCUUUUUCAACGUAUUGUACAAAUCGUGCAUCCUGUGCCUUAGCUUGAUCUGCCUCGCCACAAAUGUUGAGGCUUUCGGGCCCCUUACCAUGGGUGCGGCUGCCAUUGGUAUUGGAGCCGGACUGACGUACUUUAAGGGAUACACCUAUUGCCGGUAUUACGAGUGCUGCGAUGACAGGAGCAUUCCGGGCAAUAUACAUGCUUUGAAAGAAUCGCUCAAGUAUAGACUUUAUGGCCAGCAUAUUGUGACCCAGCACAUUAUUCCGGCACUGACGGCUCAUUUCAGUUCGCAAAGCAGAUCCCGGAAACCGCUGGUGAUCAGCUUCCACGGCCAGCCGGGAACGGGCAAGAACUUUGUGGCCGAGCAGAUCGCCCAGGCCCUGUACCUGGAGGGCUCAAAGUCCGGCUACGUAUCCAAGUACCUCGGCCAGGCCGACUUCCCAAUGGCCAGUCACGUUGAUGUGUACAAGGCACGUCUUAAUUAUGAGGUGCGGAAAAAAUUGCAAAAUUGCCCACGUUCCCUAUUCAUCUUCGACGAGGUGGACAAGAUGCCGAGUGGCGUUUUCGACACGCUCACCUCCUUGGUGGACUACAAUGCCUUCAACGAUGGCACCGACAACACCAAGGCCAUCUUUAUAUUUUUGUCGAACACCGCCGGCGUCCACAUUGCCGACCAUCUGGGCAAUCUGAUGAAGGGCGGUAAGCUGCGCGAAGACACCCGCCUGAGCGACUUUGAGCCGCUGCUAAAGAAGGCCGCCUACAACAUGGACGGUGGCCUUAAAAAGACAACCAUGAUCGAGUCACACGUCAUCGAUCAUUACAUUCCAUUCCUGCCGAUGGAGAAGGCUCAUGUGAUCAAGUGCCUGGAGGCAGAGUUCAAUCGCUGGGAUAGGAGACCCAACAAGGCCAUUAUCGAGGAUAUACUCGCGAACUCGAUCAGUUACGAUCGAAACCAUGGCCUGUUCGCUAUCUCUGGCUGUAAGACACUGGAGAAGAAGGUCAGCAUGGCCAUUAACUAA